AUGGGGGCAGAGCGGCACAUCCAGGAGAGGUACCGGGACAGGGACAGGGAUAGGGAUGGGGGCAGAGCGGCGCAUCCCGGACAGGCACCGGGGCAGGAGCAGGGAUGGGGGCAGAGCAGCGGCAUCCGCGGCUCGGGCGGGGCGGCUCCGCGGGGCGGGGCGGGGGCGGGCGCGGAGCGGCGGCGGGAGGCGGGCGCUGUCCAUGGCCCUGCGGAGCUCCGGGCGGCCCCGGGCUCCGCCGCGCCGCCGAGCGAGCGAGCGAUGGGCAACACGGUGCACAAGACGCUGGCAGGUACCGGCGGGGGCGCGGGGCUGCGGGCGGGGGGCGCCUCCUGCCCCGGGGAUGCUGCGGGCGAGCGGCGGCGGCUGUGCCGCCCCCGCCCCGCCUCAUCCGUUUCUCUGCACAUUUCCGUGGAACGAUACAAGAGCACACGCUAUCGGUGCCGGAGGGAUUCGUGCAGGGAGCUUGGGAAACUCGUGUUUGCCAAGUAUCCGAUGAGUGGUGCAAACCACGCCCGGCUGAGCCAAGCCCUGCUGACAGAUGUGCUUUGUCCUUUCGCAGACACGAGCCACCAGACCCGCUCGGUGUCCAGCCGGCCCUACUACAGCUUGCCCAACAGCAGCAGCCAUGAGAGGCGCUCGGUGCUGGCCAUCACGGAGCCGCCGCGCUUCCACUCGCAGGCCAAGGGCAAGAACGUGCGGCUGGACGCGCACUCGCGCAAGGCCACGCGCAGGAACAGCUUCUGCAACGGCGUCACCUUCACCAACCGGCCCAUCCACCUCUACGAGAAGGUGCGCCUCAAGCUGGUGGCCGUGCACCACGGCUGGAGCGGGGCCCUGCGCUUCGGCUUCACCAUCCACGACCCCUCGCAGAUGAGCUCCGAGGAGAUACCAAAGUACGCCUGCCCCGACCUCGUCACCCGCCCCGGCUACUGGGCCAAGGCUCUGCCGGAGAGGUUUGCCGUCAGGGACAAUAUCUUGGCCUUCUGGGUGGACCGGCACGGCAGAGUCUUCUACAGUAUUAAUGAUGAGGAGCCAAUCUUGUUUCACUGUGGUAUUAAAGUUUCCGGGCCUCUUUGGGCCCUCAUAGACGUCUAUGGAAUUACCCACGAAGUGCAAAUUCUAGACAGCAUGUUUGCAGAGACCAUGACCACUGCCCGGCUCAGCACCGCCCGGCUCAGCACCUGCCUUCCCCAGAGCAACCACGACUCGGCCAACUUCAACAACAACGAGCUCGAGAACAACCAAGUGGUGGCCAAAAUUGCAAACCUGAACCUCAGCCGGGUGCCAGGACUUGGGACUGACAACCACAUCAUCCCCUGCUGCCCCGGCCGGCGGCAGCACGCCCAGGGAGUCCCGGCGUUCCUGGACACCGACCUGCGGUUCCACCCCACCCGCGGCCCCGACAUCACCUUUUCCCAGGACAGGAUGGUGGCCUGCACCAACUGGCAGGAGAGCAAUAGGACUUUGGUGUUUUCUGACCGGCCUUUGCACAUCGGGGAGAGCCUCUUUGUGGAAGUAGGACACCUGGGGCUGCCGUACUACGGGGCCCUCUCGUUCGGCAUCACCUCUUGUGAUCCGAGCACUUUGCGGACAAACGAGCUCCCGGCGGAUCCGGACUUUCUCCUGGACCGUAAGGAGUACUGGGUGGUUUACCGGGCGUUCCCGGUCCUCAACAGCGGCGACAUCCUCAGCUUCAUGGUCCUGCCCAACGGAGAGGUGCACCACGGGGUCAACGGGGCCAGCCGGGGGAUGCUCAUGUGCGUGGACACCUCACAGUCCCUCUGGGUGUUUUUUACGAUCCACGGUGUGAUCAACCAGCUCAAAAUCCUGGGCACGGUGCAGUCCAGCCCGGGGACGGUGUCUCCCUCAGGAUCCCCCGGUGGCUCCCAGUACGACAGCGACUCGGACAUGGCCUUCAGCGUCAACAGGUCCUCAUCAGCCUCCGAGUCCUCGCUGGUGACUGCCCCCAGCUCCCCUUUGAGCCCCCCCAUCUCUCCUGUCUUCUCCCCUCCGGAGCCAUCGAGCAGCAAGAACGGGGAGUGCACCGUGUGCUUUGACAGCGAGGUGGACACGGUGAUCUACACCUGCGGACACAUGUGCCUCUGCAACACCUGUGGUCUUAAGCUGAAGAAGCAGCUCAACGCCUGCUGCCCCAUUUGCCGACGGGUCAUCAAAGAUGUGAUUAAAAUCUACCGCCCGUAGCGCCCGGCAGGGGCUGCAGGAAGGGGGAACGCCGCUAGCAAACCACGCCAUUCCGUCCCUGCUUAUGGGUUAUCGUGCUGGUCAGUCGUUAUCAAGUGGCUCGUUGUCUGUGUUUCCUUAUUUGACUGCUAGGGCACAAUUCAGGGAGCAAAGCUGAGGAUCGUGUGGGGCCUCGCCGGGAGCCGAGCCAGCUGCAAAAUGAGAAAUUUUCCCGUGCAAAGGCUCUUUUUUCCCCCUCCUCCCGCUGCGGGGGAGGCUCGCCGUGCUGCGGGUCGGGAUGGGGAGGUUGCCACUUGGGCAGUGCCGGGUGCCACUGGGCUUCCCGACCCUAAAACCCGACAGCUCUGGGCUGCUGCCAGGGGCUUGUGCUGUGGUGGAGCAAAAUUGGGACGAGGCCCAGCGGGAGGGUUCAAAGUGGACAGAACUGAUCUGGAAAUGUCAUGUAAGGAGAACCAGCUCAGGCCAAAUAGCGGCACAGCCAGGUUGUCACUUGUUGGGGUUCCGUCCCCAUCAACAAGCUCUGGGGACAUGCAGGAGCUGGUCUGGGCUUAGGAAAAGCAGAUUUUUCUUUCUGUGGCAGAACGGGGAGUUCUGGCCAUGGAGGCUGAGACCCAGGGAGCUGCCCUGGGGUAGCAGUGAGGAGCAUGAGCCCAGGCAGGCUGUGAGGGGCAGCUCGGGCACUGCCCUGCUGCCUUCUGAAGCCAUAAACUGCAGCCUGUGGAUGGCAGGAGCGUUUGGAUGGGCACGCUGCAGUCCUGGCUUGGGACGCUGCAGUGACGGGGUCUGUCACCUGCAGGCACACACCCCUGCACUCUGCUCUGCCCUCCUGGCAGGUGGCACAGCUGCCGUGUCACCCUGUCCUGAGUGCCACCUGUGCCAGACCUUCCCCUGCAGCCGGUGCCACGGCAGGGCUCAGCCUUCCUCCCGCCCUUCCACGGGGAUUCUUUGGAGGCUCUGGUGAGGAAUUCAUUUCUGACCCAGUCCCAUCAGGCUCACCUUUAUUUCUGGGGACUGUAUAUGCCGAUUUUACCUGGUCUUUCUCCAGCCUUUGCAGAUUUCCCAGCACAGCUCCCAGCUGCCUGCACGCUGGGUCUCGACUGUACCUGAGACCUUGUUGAGAAAAACAGGGACUAUCCCACUUGGCUUUACUGAAAAGGAGAGAAAAAGGCUCCGAGGCUGAAUUAGCUGGUGGGAAUUAAAAGGUAAAUGGGUUUUGGGUGUAAUGUCAGCUGCAGGCAGCACCUGAUUGUUCAGCACCAGGGCUGGUGUGAGGAGCUCAGCAUCCUCCUCCCUGCUGCUCCAGCAGGAGCUGCCCUCCAGUCUCUGUCCUUUGCCCAUUGCACAGCCCCAAUCCUGUCCUUCAGCCCCAGCCUGGCCAGUUUCCAGCUGCUUCAGGCUCAGAAAGGGGGAAUAAAGAUGGAAAUGGGAGGAUGAGAGGAGCUGUGUCCCUGCAGCUCGGUGACCGUGUGCUACCAAGUGCGUAAGAAGAGCUUUUCAGAAAGGUGCAAUUACCACGUUUUAGUCUGGAAAAAGGAAAAAAUUGAAUAACUCCUGUACAUUUCAGGGCUUCUGGGCACAGAGGGAGCCAGAGGGAUGUCUGGCUAUUCCCUCUCUCCUCCAAGGCUGUGACUGCAUGGUGCUGCUGCCCAGGUGGUGGCUUGGCUGGGCCAGGAGAGCUGGGUUUGGCUACUGGCCUGUGCCAGCCCUGUGCCAGCCCUGUCCCACGCUGCCAUCGGGGAGGGCACAGCCAGGGAGCAGCUCAUCCUCCCCCUGCAGUGGGCUGUGCUCACAGGACACCCAAACCUUUUGUGUUUUUUCCUUGGAGAGCUGAUGAACGUUUUUCCUGAGUGUAUCAAGGAGAGGCUGCUGUGACCUCUCAGCCAUGGCCCUGCACGAGGGCCCAACAGCUUUGCAGAGCCCUUUUUGGAGACCUUUUUGGUGCCACUGGCUGUGCCACCACCCUCAGCAGAGCCACUGCACCUUUCAGUGCCACCUUUCCCUGAGGAGGAGCCAGGGCACAUUCCCUGCAUCUGGAGCUUUUCUGGACCUCCUGGCUGUCCUCCACCCCGGGGACCACAGGAUUUGCAUUCCCAGGGACCUCCCAGCCCCACGCUGGCAGAUCCAGGUCCAGCUGUGUGCAGCGGGCACAGCACCAAGGGCACCACGGUGCCAGGGUGUGUCAGCACCUGCCUGGGCACUGCCAGCCAUGGGAAGCCUUUCCCUGGGGAGGAAUUCAAGGAAAGCUGUGCCUGGAUCAGCCUGGGCCAUCCCAGGGGUGCCCUUUGGUCACUGCUCACGGUGACACCAGCGGGGCAGAGCCCCCUUUGCUCGGUGCCACCUCAGGGCCUCCAUCAGCAGGGUGGGUGCUCAGCCUGGGUGGGUUUUUUUUUUUUUUUUUUUUGGUGUAGCUCUGUUUUGUAUUUUUAAGCCAGCAAGGAGAAACACCAAAUCCACCCCAGGAGCUGUUCAGGACACUUUGCAGAGGCUGAAUUUUUGCUGUAGCAGCCAAAACCAGUUUGGAGGAAGGGGCAGCACCCAGUGAGGCCAGCAAGGGAACCGAGUGGGAUGGGAGAGCAGUGGACCUGUGGCCCUGCCUAUCCAAGAGCAACAGGAAUUUUCCAAAAUAGGCCUCAAAAAAAUAAAAAAAAUAAAAAAAAAAAAAAAUGAAAAAAAAUCCAGGAAAAGGUAGCCUCUUACAGAUUUCAUUGUUAGUAUUCGUAUUGCUAUUUUUUUUAAACAGUCCAAUGAUAUAUGAUUUGUACAGAAGAUCUGUUUGUGCCUUAUAAGGGUGUCUGUGCACUUUUUAUCCUUUUUAAAGCAACUUUUAAAAAGAAAGAAAGAAAAAAAAAAGAUGGGGGGAGAAAACCAACACAGAUCAAUGGUAGUUUUAUAGAAUUUUGUGUUCACUGAGAAUCCUGCUUUUUAUAUAUAUAUAUGAAUAUACAUACAUACAUAUAUAUAUAUAUAUAUAUAUAUAUAUAUAUAGGAGUGAAAAAGUGUUUAUUUCCAUGGGUUUUCCCCUCCUCUCCUCCUUAACCUUUGUUUGAAAAUUUAAGGAAAAAGGAAGAAAUGAAAGAGAUGGGGGAACUCUUUUACCUCUCCCUCUUUCUGAGGCAGUUCCUCUCUUGUCCUUACCUUUAUGAUUCAAUACUGUGACCUGUAUUAUCUUGUUGAAGCUGAAUCAGAUUUUGGACCUCUGUAUUAGGCUUUUCAAGCAAAAUUUUGGGGGGCCUGGGGAGGGAGGGCAUCGCACGAGGGAGGGAGCUGCACCUCUACAUGUCAGUGCUCUAUAGUGUUCAGUGCUGUGUGUUUUCCUUUUGUCCAUUUACCUGUUUUCCAUGAAUAUGAUUUUGACUUGUUUAUGAAACAAAUAAACCUUUGGCUUGUA